UGAUGGUGUAUUCACAGAUGUAAUGGGUCCACCUAUCAGUCAUGGUGGUACUCUGGUGUCCUCACAAGCUGCACCUUCGGUGGCUCCUCCCCACAUGUACUCUUCUGGAGGAGCAGCGGCAGCAUACCCUGCCACCUCCCAGCACCACCAGGACUACCUCCCUAACACCCACUUUGACUUGCCACCUGCCAUGCACACACCCCUUCCCAUCGACAACACAUCACCCUACGGCCAAGAAGCGUAUUCACAGAGCUACUGGGAACAGAAUAGUCCCUACAAUAGUAACUAUGGAGGCAACAUGACACAGUCCUCCCAUCACCAGCCCCAGCCUUCAGUCACACCAGGCACUGUUGUGGAUACGCUGGGGACAUCAGUGUCCAACCAGGUGAACACGUCAGUACCAACACCACCGCCCCCCUCGGGCAUACCUACUCCGCCCCUAAGUCAGUAUGGUCAAUACCCUCCUCAGCUACAACCAUUGUCUGUGUCAUCGUCGUCAUCAUCACUAAGCCCACCCUUAAACCAGGGCUUUUUGCUCUCGCCUGACAAGACCAACAUCUACCACGACUUGGGCAUCAUCUCGCCUCUAAAGUACUUUGAUGAACUGGGCUCAUUGUCCCCACUGAAGCAGGAUCGUGGUUUGGAUGCUUUCAGAGCUGACUUGGAUAUGGGAGCAUUUGAACUUCUGACAUGCAGUCCUGUUAAGGUUAAGCAAGAGCUGAUGCAGGAAAUAUUACUUGCUUCCCCUCCACCUGUCAGUGUGAGUGCAGCAGUUCCAUCCACAUCAUGCUUCACAUCAUGUUCAUCCUCCACCACCACCACCUACACAGCUCCUCCCAUAUAUGUUACAACAUCCAGUGCUUCCUGUCCCACUUCUGUGCACAAUAUAAGCACUAACAGCAUACACAAUGUGUCAUUCUCCUCAAUGAAUUCAUCAAGACUGUCAACACCACCCAUACUGAGAAGGGGACGGAGGAAACAGCCUUCUCCCACCAAGAGACAUCAUCUCUCAUCCAUCUUGGAUCCCAAUGAGUCCCUCCUAACAACUCCACAGAAGAUGACUCCUGUCAAGGCGAUACCGUUUAGUCCUUCUCAGUUCUUGAAUAGCCCCAAUUUGUCAUUUGAGGACAAUAAUCUUACUUCCACUCCAAUCCUUGGGGGAAUUCCUGUAUCUCAGUCUACACCAGUUCAGCCUUUAUCAUCCUCUAAUCCUCCUCCUCCUCCUCCUCAUUCCUCUACACCUUGUGAGCCCACUGGACAGCCACGGACGCCCAAGUCUCGUCGAGCUCUCCUCCAGCCUGCACCAAAAACUCCCACACCAUUAAAGAAUGCUCUGCGGGAGAUCGAAAAGAAGAGUGGCCCUCUUAAGCACUUGCCACAGACUCCAACCCAUCUGGAGGAUAUAACAGAGAUUAUACGCAAGGACACGGAGGAGCGCAUCAAGUUUGAAACGCCUUCGAUGAAUAACCAGAACUCUCGAAAUCAGUCUAGUAUGUGUGAUAGUGGCUACGGUACUUUGAAGCGAAAAGCAACUUCUGCCAUUGGUAAAGAAAACUCCCCCAGCAAGAAAGCUCGCAAGGUUCUCCUUCACUCAUGGUCAACCCCAGGAGAAAUACAGGUUCCUGGCUUCCGUGCAGAGUCCCUCACCCUAAUGCCAGAGACUCCGAGCAAGAGCCUGAUUGGUGAUUCCUCUGUUCUGUUCUCACCUCCCUCCAUCAUCCGUGAUACUCUACCCGAAGAAAACCAUCCCCUGACUUCACCAUCAGUCCUGGUAGACAAGUCAACUAAAAAGCCGAGAGAUGGCGAAAUUGGAAUGGGGUGCGUGAAACGGAUAACCUUCUCGGAGGGCCAGACCACCAAGGCCAACCUCUCGAAGCUGGAUGUAAGGUGGGAGAUGGUGGCCUGUGGAAAGACAGAGAACCAGCGCCGUCUGACCGAGCAAGCACGUCAGUUUGUCAACCAGAAUGCAGCAUUGAAGCCGCGUUCACUCAACCUGUAGAUCAGCCACCCAGAGAGACCACAGUAGUUGAAUUAUGGUAGUUGGGUAGAAGCCUGAGUACUUGUUUACCUAUCACUUGAGGUAGGACAAGUGCUCAAUCAUGAGAAACCACAUUGUAUGAAUAUAUUUUGAUUUCAUGGUAAGUGAAUCAACAUAAAUAAUGAUUGCCAUCAUGCUUGAAUAUCCUUCAUGAGUUAUUCAGUUAUUUACAAAAGGGCGAUAUACCACACUCUAAAAUUAGCCAUUUUUUUUAAGCUUGUAUGCCUUUUUUAUCUUUAAGUUAGUAAUUUUCCUUAGCUUAGGACAUGGGCAUGUUUGUUGUUAGUGGAUUACAUCUUUGUAAUUUUGGAAAUUACUAAAAAAGGCACAAAAAAGGGAAACAAAGAAAGCUUCAGGAACCAUUCUCUAAUGUGCAUUAUUUUAUGGAGUAAUGAAUUUUUUAGGUGAAAGAAUUUAAAAUUUAAUAGGCAAUCACCACAAUUACUAAAUUUGCUAUAAAUCUCCAUAUUUUAAAGUUUUAAUGUAAUGUUACUUGUGGUCCCUCUGAGAGGCUUCCCUGCAUGGCUAAAAGACACAGAAUUUUGCCUUAGCAUAGGACAGAAGAAAACAAGAUCACAUUCUGUUCUGCAAGGGUAAGCUAAUGCAUGUUCUCUUGCAAAGUAGAUGCAUUUCUUGCAAGAGUAAUAUGAGUUGCAUACCUGUUGAGAACCAGAGUGUUUGUUCCUGUACUCUGCUGAGAUGAUUGUGUGUUGUUCAAGAUCAUGUUGAAGGUUAGUGUGUAUAAGAGGGGGUUGUAUUGGUGAGGCAAACCUCUGUGAAGGUUAGUGUGUAUAAGAGGGGGUUGUAUUGGUGAGGCAAACCUCUGUGAAGGUUAGUGUGUAUAAGAGGGGGUUGUAUUGGUGAGGUCAACCUCUGUGAGACACUAAAUUCUCAAAGCUACUUUUUUAAUUAUAUUACAUUAUUAUAAUGAAACUAGUAUCUUUUAAGCUUAACAUUUUUGUACAAGUGUGUAUAAUUACCUAUUUUUUGUACAAGAGUGUACAAAUGUGUUUGUAAUUACCUAUUUAUAUAUACAGUAUAUAUAAAUAUCACAUAGUAGAUGCUCAAUUAUUCAAAUUAAUUGGGUCAGGUCUUAAGAUAAAAAGAAUGGAUAAUAGAGAUUAUCCCAUUUUUUAGACCCUUAAAUAGAUUUUAUUAGAAAAAAUAGUUUAGCGCAUUUACACGUACUUUGUGGGAGAGGGACACGUUAUAUGGGAGGGACAGUAACAGUAACCACUCUGUGUAUUAGUAUACAUCACAGCAGUUCCUCAGUGUUGUUGAAACACCUUUCUCACUGGAUGAGAAGUAACUAUACAUUAUAUGGGAGAGAUUCACUAGUGGUUUAUUGACAAGUGUCAUUAAUGCUGCCAUGUAUAUAGAAACUAACACACUGAGAGAACCCCUUUUGGUGUACAUACCCUCUUCCCUAACGGUAAUUAUCAGUUGUAUGAAUCCUCACACUAAUUCCACUAAGAAAAGCAGCAUUUUGUUAGUGUAAAUAUUGGUAAUGGAUGUUACAAACCAGGUUGCUAUGUGUCGUGGAAAUCAAAUUAUUUUUUGGUCUGGUGGCAGCUAUGUAGCAUUGCUUAGUAAUAAUCGUAGAAUUACCCACAAAAAAUUAGAUAAAAGGUCACAUGCAGCUAAUGUGAAAUUUCAUUAUGGUAAGGUUUUUGCUCUCCAGGAGCUUUGUCAGAGCUCUGGAGAGUGAAACGUUGCCACAAUAAAAUGUCACAUUAGUUGCGUCUGUCCUUUUACCUAACAUAGUAUUGCUUGCCACUGCCACAUUUUGCUUAUGUUUGGGAGUACAUGUGGCAGUCAGACUGCAAUCCCCUAUACAGAAUAUAUUAUAUCACUUAAGCAAACAUAUAAUGCAUUUUUAACAUUACUUUAUUCACAAAAAACCCAAACCCAUUUAAAUCAUAUAGUGCUGUUAACCAGUAAUAAUUGUUAUUAUUUAUUAAAAUAUAAUUGCUUUUAUUUUGUAUUGAUUUUUUCUGUGAUUACAAACCCAGAUAAUGGGGAAUCACACAUUCACCUGACAUUUGUAACUCUUGCUUAACACGAGUGAGUAAUGCUUAUAUCCAAAUUUGAGUGUUUGAUUAAUUAAAAUGCAAAUAAUAGAGUGUCUACUGUGUAUAAUAAAUGUGCAUUCUACUGUGUAUAAUAAAUGUGCAAAUGUACAUACACACAUAUGUGAACACACACACACACCACAAAAAAUCACUACCUAAAAUUGUAAACGUUAGGUGUAAACAAAUCAUGGGUGUACUUAGUGUCUCACACUGCAGGCCUUGCUAACACCUUCGUCUGUGCAUAGUACUGUAUAUGUAAUAGGAAAACAGUUAUUUUCAGACCAAAGUAUCGCCAGCACAAGAGAAGCAUCUGGCAAGACUCUUCCCAGUAAACUUGGAAGGGCUACCAGUCUUGAGCUAGCGUGUAAUAGUUAGGUAGAACAACUGUGAAUGGGGUGUAAUAUAGGGAGACUGUAUUUUUAUCUACAAUAUACAAGCUUGGGUUGGAGGCCGUAAGGCAUGUGAGAUUUUUUUAAUCGUGUAUCAAUAUAAUGAACAAAGUAUUUAACACCAAUAAUCUCAUUAGCAUUGUAAAUAUAUUGUGGCUUUUUUACUGGAGCAACUUUAGGUGUUGGUCCCAUAUAAUAGCUUGCCAGUUUUAUGCCUCAGUUGUAUAACAAGCUAGAUCAAGGGAACAAAUUACUUUUACUCUGCUUGGCUUUUUCAGGAAGCUAUACAAUUUCCUUUUCAUUGUGUUUAUUUGUUGGAGACUUAUAUUAAUUUUAUGUGAAUUGUUUUAAAUCUUUUCUGUUUUUCCUUAGGCUGACUGUUUAAAUGGCUUAAAUUUCCAUUUCUCUCAUAUAUAUGAAUUAUACACAAAUAACCCACACAUAGAAGAGAGGAGGUUACGAUGACGUUUCGGUCCGACUUGGACCAUUUACAAAGUUACUAACAAAAAGGAGAGCAGGAAGUAGUAGUGAGGAGGAGCCAGUCAAAUACUAAGCUCCUCUGUUUUAUGUGCAGGUUAUUUGUGUAUCAUUCCAGUCACAGUAUUGUGCCUUUUUUUUGUUAUAUAUGAAUCAUAUUUAGCAUUUGCACUGACAGGAUGUAAAUUGCACCAGUUUUGUGCAACAUAGAUGAGUCGUACUGUGCUGGCACUGUUCUGCCUCAUUUGUGGUGCAGGCGUCGAUCAAUUGCUCAUCAUGUUGCUAAUUUGUGGUGUAGCACAUUUCACUCGUACUAUAACAUAAAACCUUAAGUACCAGUUCUGCUUGCAUUAUGCCUUGCACUGAUAAGGACACCUAAGAGGGAUUGACUUUUAGUGAAUAUGUAUGUAUAUAAACACUACAUUUUAUUAUGUCAAAAGAUUAUUGCAUGUAUUUUUCUAUCAUAUUGCUGAUGUUCGUAUAUGGUGUUUGAUUUUAACUAGUAACAGUAAUGCUUUUCAAGAUUGCUCUUCUCAUAUUAGGUGUACCCUUGCUUGUGGUUGCACAGUUCCAGCACAAUUCUCUCUCUAACACCUUCCCCAUAAAGUGAUAGUGUAAGCAGUAUGAACUAAGGAAAUGAAACUCUUAAGUUAUUUGCCUAGUGGGUUCCAUGUGUUUAAUUUUUCUAACAGUUUGUAUGAAGGAAUAGACCUUUGGAGAUGGGAUUGAUGUAUUUGUGUUAUUGUGCUUGCAAUUAGUGUUUUGUGUGCUUCACUGUGUUAGCUGUAUCUAGUGACAAGGUUAUUGAAUAUUUUCAUAUACAUUGCUACCAUCAUUUAACAAAAAAUUUAUCUGUACAUUAUGUAACAGCUGUAAGUGAUAGUGAUGCUAUUCCAUGUCCUCCUGUAUUAGGAAUAACAGAUGGACAGUGUAUAAUUGUUUGGCCUCAUCUCAUGGUGAUGGAAUGCAAAUGAGUUUUAUCAUUUCUUGAAUGCUUUAUGAACAUUGAAAGACCUGAUGGCUAAGUGGAGAGCAGUUGCAACCAACCUGAAUAAUUAAAUACACUUGUGUCCUUUUGAGUAAAAUCUACUUAGUAACAGGCUUAAGAAAGACAGCAUUUCUUAACAUGUUUAAUUUAAAAGAAAAUAUUACUACAUUAGUUAAAUAAAUGCAAAAAAUUAAUGAGCCCUAUAGACAUUAAUAUACAGUUCAUUAAAAUCAAGUUGUGCAGUCAUUAAUUAUGCAAUAAUAUAUCACAUAUUUAAUCUAGACAAUAAUGCAGCUGUUAAAUUGACUUCGUUUUAGAUAAUUGAGUGACUGAUUAAAAAUUCACUGCCAAAAUAAGUAUAUUUUAAAACACUGUACAUAUUUAAAGAAAUUUACAAUAUGGCAAAAAGUAAUUGAUCAGCACUUGUUUGAAGAUACUGAGUUGUUACUGCUAAUAGUGCAAGUCACGUGUUUAUAGGAUCUGACACUUUACAAGUUUAACUGCUUUGUAUGACCCUUGUAGGUUUAGCACUUCUUUUUGAUUAUAAUAAUUUACAAGUUUAAAAAUGUUUGGAGUUUUAUAUAGUACACAUACAUGGGAUUUAUAUUCAUUAUAUCUUUAAAUAAUUCCAUAUGAUUUAAACAUUAAUUUUGGACAAUACAUUUACUAAGGCCUUACUUCUGGGAUGAUAGCGGCAUUAAUGGAAAUUAGUUUCUUUUUUAUUUAGUACUUUCAAGCUGGAAUUAAUUUAUGACUUCUGCUCCAGGUCACAUUUUAAUGAUUUAUCUAAAACCUGCAUUUUUUUUUUAUUAUUGAAAGGGGAAUUCAGCUGAAAUAUUGGAUAAUACAUGCAUAGUAUUUUUAUUAAGUGAUUGGCCAUAUGUAGAGAUAUGAUUAAUUUUGUAGUUUGCCAUAUUUCUAUAAUACUUUUCUGGAAAAAAAAAAACUAUGCAUAAUGGAUUUUUAAUACUGAAGCAGCAGUAUUUUUAGUUAUUCUGCUACCAGAUACUCUGGUACAUUUCUUUACAUAUGGAAUAUAUAUUGCUUUUGCAACUCUGUCAUUUGAUGAUACCAGCAUUUCACUUUAUAUAGUUCCUAACAUUAGUAUAGCUUUUACUGCUAACUAACUUUUAAUGAUUGUAGAUCCUUCAUUUACUUACAGUAUAUUAUUCCUAUAUCUUGGUGACUAAAGGUAGUAGGUUGGUAGACAGCAACCACCCAGGGAGGUACUACCGUCCUGCCAAGUGAGUGUAAAACGAAAGCCUGUAAUUGUUUUACACGAUAGGAUUGCUGGUGUCCAUUUUUUCUGUCUCAUAAACAUGUAAGAUUUCAGGUACAUCUUGCUACUUCUACUUUGGUCACACUACACAUACAAGCAUAUAUAUAUACACACACCCCUCUGGGUUUUCUUUCUAGUUCUUGUCCUUGUUUAUUUCCUCUUACCUCCAUGGGGAAGUGGAACAGAAUUCUUCCUCCGUAAGCCAUGUGUGUUGUAAGAGGCGACUAAAAUGCCGGGAGCAAGGGGCUAGUAACCCCUUCUCUUGUAUAUAUUACUAAAUGUAAAAGGAGAAACUUUCGUUUUUCCUUUUGGGCCACCCUGCCUCGGUGGGAUACGGCCAGUGUGUUGAAAGAAAAGAUUUUGGUGACUAAGGUGGUAUGAGUAUAUUAGUAGCCAGGUUGUCAUCAUAGCCUCUUGUUAGAUAAUGAACACACAAAACACAUGCAGUACAGUAUACAGCAAAAAGUAGCUUCAUUCCCAAAUUUUCUAUGUCUGCUCCAAGAGCUUAAACGGGUGUAUUAUUGCGGCCAGAAAAUGUAUGGCAGAGUUUAUUAGUUUGUUCAGUUGAUGUGUGAUGGCAAGUGUUUUAUUUUAACCGGUUAUUUUGAAAUACUAAAUACUAUGCUAAAAGUGAUUAAUACUUUUCUUAUGUUCCUAAGACUUGAAUUUUAAAUUGUAUGCAGCAGUUUUUGCUAACUCAAUGAAACUAGGAUGAAGUAGAAAUGUACAAAGGCUGAGUUUCUUCAAUGUUUAAGUGCAAAAAUAAGCUUGGCAUAUAGGCAAAAAAUUGGUUUUGUAGAGCUGCAGUGUCAAGCAUUUAUGUACCAAGAAUUGCACAUUGAAAAAUGUUUCAGUGCACAGUUGUGGUGAUGUUUUAUAUCUGUACAUUCAUAAAUAUCUAAGGAAUGAGUCACUGUUUUAAUAAAGACAGGCUAAGAUUAUCCCAUGACUGGUAGAUUUCUUUAAAAGAGAACUUGAAUGUAAAGCAUAGAGAUAAAUAACUGUUGGCAAUUCUGGAGUCCACAAUGAAUUUUCCUGUCCUAGUCAUCUUGACCUGCAAGCAUUUUUCAUUUCAUGUAUUGAUUAUUUGAAAUUAGUUUGGACAUGGUAACAACAGGUCUAAAGAGUUCAGACCAGGAUGUAUAUCAAGUCUUUUUAUCUGGUUGUUAUCAUGUCCAUCCUCUGAUAUACUAAACCAUAUUUCAAGCUAUACCUAUAUUUUGUUGCUAAGGGCAUAAUUGGUACCAAAUAUUGAAGCUUCUUUUAUGUUAGUGAUACUCGUGUAUUGUAUUUAGGUACAUCACAGCAUAUUUAUUAGUGGCUUAGAAUUCGUCCCAAGUGAAAUUUUGUUAAAACGGUCAAGGGUUACUUUGUACAAACUAUCGUUUAAUGCAAGUCUGUAUUUUUUUUUUAUGAGAAAAUAUUACAGACUGAUUGGCAGCUGUUGUUUGUGGGGACCCAUUAGCUAACAGGUAGAUAACUAUUUAUUCAUUAAUUUGCUGCUACAAUUAUUUGGUUUAAAUUGAUAUUAAAUAAAUUAAAUAACAA